UUUCUUCUUCCAUUUUUCACACAAAACUGUAGUUGUCAAAAAAUGAUAAAAUGUAUAGGUGGACGCUGUUGGCACCGGUGGCAUAUCAACCAUCAAUAUAAAGACAAGUUUUAUGUACAACCGGUCGUUCCAGCGGAAAUUAAAGGACGCAAAAUUGGCUAACCGGUUGUACCAGUAGCUCGACCGGUGGAUUAAAGAAUAUACCUACAUUCAUAUGCUUCC